AUGUCGGAAAGCAAGAGUCGUAACCGAGGCCUCGGGAUACGCCAUCGCAACCUUCCCGUCCAGAAGAAACAGAGGUACGAGGACGCAUUAAAGAUAGCUCAGUUGAUGCCCUCCGAGGAAACACCCAAACACUACCACACCCCUAAACCAUCACAUCCCAUCCCCACGGCACUAAAACGGCACCACACCCCUAAACCAUCACACCCCAUCCCCACGGCACUAAAACACAACCACAUCCCAUCCCCACAGCACCAAAACCCCACCACACCCCUAAAACCACCACAUCCCAUCCCCACGGCACCCAAACACCACCACACCCCUAAACCAUCACAUCCCAUCCCCACGGCACCCAAACACCACCACAACCCUAAACCGUCACACCCCAUCCCAACGGCACCCAAACACCACCACACCCCUAAACCAUCACAUCCCAUCCCCACGGCACCCCAACACCACCACACCCCUAAACCAUCACAACCCAUCAACACGGCACCCAAACACCACCACACCCCUAAACCAUCACAUCCCAUCCCCACGGCACCCCAACACCACCACACCCCUAAACCAUCACAACCCAUCAACACGGCACCCAAACACCACCACACCCCUAAACCAUCACAUCCCAUCCCCGAUGCACCCAAACACCACCACACCCCUAAAAACACCACAUCCCAUCCCCACGGCACCCAAACACCACCACACCCCGAUACAACUGCACCUUAA